AUGGGAAACAAACAGACCAUCUUUACUCCACAGCAGCUGGAUGCCUAUCAGGACUGCACAUUUUUUACCAGAAAGGAAAUUUUAAGGCUGUUCCACCGGUACCGAGACCUGGCUCCCCAGCUGGUCCCGCUAGACUACACCAACAAGCCAGAUGUGAAGCUGCCCUACGAGCUGAUUGGCAGCAUGCCCGAGCUGAAGGACAACCCGUUCCGUCAAAGGAUCGCCGAGGUUUUCUCGGAGGACGGCGAAGGGAAUAUGACCCUGGACGAUUUUCUGGACAUGUUCUCUGUGCUGAGUGAGAUGGCACCCAGAGAUCUGAAAGCCUAUUACGCCUUUAAGAUCUAUGACUUCAACAACGAUGACUACAUCUGCAAGUCAGACCUGGAGAAGACGCUGAACAAGCUGACGAGGAAUGAGCUGACGGAGGAGGAGGUGCGCAUGGUGUGUGAGAAGGUGAUCGACGAGGCCGACCUAGACAACGAUGGCCGCCUCUCUCUGGAGGACUUCCAGCACAUGAUCGUCCGUGCCCCUGACUUCCUCAGCACCUUCCACAUAAGGAUUUGA